AUGUUUUUUUUAGAAUUUUUUGCAGUGUUGUCUUUGAAAUAUGGUGCUGUUUUUAGGUUGUUUUUUAAUAUUUUUUUUUGGUGUAAGGAUAUUUUUAUGGAAGAUUAUCAUAAUUAUCAUAAUUUUUUUUCAAAAUAUGAUUUUUUGGGUUUUUUUGAUUCUUCUUUGGUUCCCAAUAGGGAAUUAGGUAUGUCUUGGUGUCCUUUGGGUAUUGGUUUUAUUAAUCCUAUGGGGAUUCCUCUUUUAAAUACUUUGAUUGAAUCAGGUUUUUCCAUGUCUGAUGGCAUUUAUGUUUUUUUAUUUGUUAAUCUUUUUCGUUUGUAUAUGGAUCAUUUUAAUAGGGACCAUCAUAUGGGUUUGGAAUUUUCUAUUGUUUAUUGA